AAAAGAAUAAAGAAAACAAAAUGGAAAGCAGCUAGGCUGCGUUUAAAAAGAAGAAAGAAAAAAAAAGAAAAAAAAAUAAAAUUGAGGAGGAGAUCAGAUUUGAUUUUUUUUGAGAGGCUGCCAGCACUUUUGCUUGUCGGCAGAAGGAAAGAAAAGGAUUCAGCCGCACAAACCAUUUACACUCUCAGGCCGCAGGGCAAAGGAGAAUUCAGCGGCAAGUAGUUCUUGGCCAGAGAAAAAAUAGACAGGCAUGGUAUAGGCGAGCAGCAGGUCGAAGAAAGCUUAGCAGGAAGAAGAACAUAACAACAGCAACAAUUCCGGUUUCAUCUUUCCCUUUCAAACUUCAAUAAGCUUUAAGCUUUAAUUCCUGUAUUAAUUCAUACUCCGAAUUUCUGUUUACUUGGAUAAUUGAGUUGUGAAUGAUGUUUAUUUACUGUUUAAUUUCAUCUACAAAUUACUCUAGCUGUUUUAUUAAUAGUGUUAGUUUCAUGAUAAUUAUGUUAGGCUAAAUUUCCAUGGGGUUUAGAUUUGGAUAGAAUUUAGGUUAAUGGGUGUUCUUAAAUAUUGAAUUAAAUUUAGGAACUUUCUCCAGUUUUUAGGACUAGUUGUUUGAGAUGAAAUUGAAAGAGUAAUUUGUGAAAUUGAUCACUUCAAUUGCGAACUUUUGGAAGAUUAAUUCUUUCUUGUCUAUGAGUUUGGAAUUAAUUUAGCUCACAUCUCAUACACCCUAAACUAAGUCUAGAAAUAGAACAUGUUAGGGGAAUUAAAAUUAAAUUCUUGUCUAUGAGAAUUAAUGUCACUAUUCUUAAUUAGAUUGGAGAAAUUAUCCCAUUUUUAUUCAUAACCAAUGACACUCAAGAUCCUUAAAUCCAAAUCUAAACCCCACUUUUAAUUAGUUAAUUUUUGGUUACUAGUCACAUUGAAUUUACCUUUUAGUAUUUUAUUUUCGAAACAUUCCUCUACUACAUGUUUGCUAGUUUAAUAUUUUAAUUAGUUAAUAUUCUCUCUCAAGUUAUUUUGCAUGUUCACUAGUUUUAGUUUACUCAUUAAUGUCAUUUAAUUAAAUUCUUCGUUACUACUUUUGUUAUUUAUUUUUAUUUCUUUAAUCACUAUCACAAUUAAUCGUUUGAGAAAGCUUGCAAUGACUCGUACUAACCGGUGACCAAUAUUGAAACCAACACUUCCCUCCGCCACUCCUCAGAGACACGAUACUCGGGGAAAAACCGAAAGGUUAGACUCCGUUUUACUACAACGCCGCGUAAGCGGGUUAUUACCCUCACUCCGAUAAUUGGCUAGAAGCCAUGAAAUCCGAAAUGAGAUCCAUGAUCGACAAUCAAGUCUGGGACUUAGUUGAUCUACCUGAUGGUUGUAGAACCAUUGGGUGCAAAUGGAUCUACAAAAAGAAAUUAGACAAAGAUGACAAUGUAGAUGUCUAUAAAGCACGUUUAGUGGCGAAAGGUUACAAACAAAUUCAUGGUAUAGACUAUGAUGAAACAUUCUCGCCAGUUGCCAUGCUUAAAUCAAUUCGGAUUCUCUUAGCAAUUGCCGCUCAUUUUGAUUAUGGGAUUUGGCAAAUAGAUGUCAAAACUGCUUUCCUAAAUGAAAAUCUAGAUGAUGACGUGUAUAUGAUACAACCUGAGGGUUUUGAACAUCCAAGCAAUGCUGGGAAGGUAUGCAAGCUCAAAAGAUCAAUAUAUGGUCUGAAGCAAGCGUCUCGGAGUUGGAAUCUUCGUUUUGAUGCUGCAAACAAAGAGUUUGGUUUCAAUCAAAACGAAGAGGAACCUUGUGUUUACAAGAAAUUGAGUGGAAGUGCAAUCACUUUCCUAGUCUUAUAUGUAGAUGACAUACUUCUCAUUGGGAAUGAUGUUCCGAUGCUUUCGUCUGUAAAGGCUUGGCUUGGAAAGUGUUUCUCAAUGAAAGACUUGGGUGAUGCAUCCUAUGUGUUAGGGAUCAAGAUCUAUAGAGAUAGAUCUAGAAAACUAAUAGGACUAAGUCAAAGUAACUACAUUGAUAAGGUCCUACAUAGGUUCAAUAUGCAAGAUUCCAAGAGAGGAUUCUUGCCUAUGUCACAUGGCACACAUCUCAGCAAGACUCAGUGUGCACAAACAAAAGAUGAGCGAGAUCGAAUGAAUAGAGUCACAUAUGCUUCUGCUAUAGGUUCUAUCAUGUACGCUAUGUUAUUUAUUCGCCCUGAUGUAGCUUGCACUCUAAGAAUGACUAGUAGAUACCAGUCAGAUCCAGGUGAUAGUCACUAGAUAGCGGUCAAGAAUAUUCUGAAGUACUUGAGAAGAACUGAGGAUGUAUUCUUGGUCUAUGGAGGUGAAGAUCAGCUCAUUGUAAAUGGUUACACAGAUGCUGGGUUCCAAUCCGAUAAGGAUGAUUUUAGAUCGCAGUCAGGAUUUGUAUUUUGCCUCAAUGGUGGAGCAGUGAGCUGGAGGAGUUCUAAACAAGACACGGUGGUUGAUUCUUCAACAGAAGCUGAGUACAUUGCUGCUUCAGAAGCAACAAAAGAAGCAGUAUGGAUAAGGAAAUUCAUCAUUGAGCUUGGUGUCGUUCCUAGUAUUGUUGGACCAAUGGACUUAUAUUGUGAUGACAAUGGAGCCAUUGCACAAGCCAAGGAAUCUAGAUCACACCAAAAAUCAAAGCAUGUACUCAGGCGAUAUCGUCUCAUUCGAGAGAUAGUCAAUAGAUGUGACGUCAAGAUAUGCAAAGUAUCAACAGAUACAAAUGUGGCUGACCCGCUCACCAAGCCACUACCACAAGCAAAGCAUGAACGUCAUACUAGUGCAUUAUGCAUUCGUUUUGUUCACGAUUGGUCCUAGUGCAAAUGGGAGACUGUUGGAAGUAUGCCCUAGGACAAUCAUACUUUAUGAUUUAUCGAUGAAUAUUUAAUGCUCAUUAAUUAAUAAAGUCACAAACUCAUUUUAUGUUAAUUAUUAUCUUGAGUUUUAUUUAUUAAUAUUUAGUCCAUGAAUAUUAUGUUUACUAGCUAAUUAAGUACGUGACUUAAUUGUGGAAUGCUACACUUUAAAAUAAACAUAAUAUUUUAAUUGUCCCUGGUCUAAUAUUAUUAAUUUGGGACAUUAAUUAUUAAUAGACCAGUAUGUGGAUUAACUGAUGGCUAUAUUCCACUAGUCAUGUGUAUAGAGAUAUCAAGUUAAUAACAUAGAUGCUUGUUAGUGAACAAGUUCAUUGGAUAGACCCAACUUGAGGACACUGCUAGGUUAUAUGUCAUCAGUGUUGUCCUCAAUAAUGAUGAGAUGAUAUAUUCUUAUACUUGAGAUAAUCAUGGUUACUUGCAUGUGAAUUAAUAUGUAUUAACACCAUUAAUUGUUAUCUUUAAACGAGCUGAGUAAUUUUAAAGGUGGUGAUUGUACAUAUUAUGAACCAUGUAGUGGUAUGUGAAUUAUCAAGAUAGUUUUUGUCACUCUCGUAUAGCGAGAGAAAGAUAUCUAUUGGGCCCAUUGACAAGUAAGAUUAAUUAGCAUGACCAUGCUCAAAUGAGGUGUCAUUUGUUCAAAAUUAAUCUUACUUGGUAAUCAAAAAAUAUUAAUUGAGAAUAACAAGGAUGACACGACCUAACAUUGUCUCAAUUAAGAUAUCGUUUGACAAAAGAGAAUUAUUAGCACAAAUUAAUCAUUAAAAGGUUAUGUCAGAUUUAAUUGACAUUUACAUAUUUUGAAUAGUCAUAAUGCCUUGCUAGAGACCGCUUAUGAUUUCUGAGGCUUGAAUUAAUUUUCUAUCCCACUGUCAACGAUAUAUAAACCUACAGGGUCACACACCUAAGUGAUUUGGAUCAUUAAUGUUCGUUAAUAACAUUAAAAUAGCCUGAUUAACCCAAUUCGAAGUAGGUUUUCAAAUGAUAUUGGGCUAGGGCCUCCAGGAGAGUUUUAUUAGCUAUAAAACUCCUUCUUUCCCCCUCUUAUAAAUAGGGCUAAGGAGACCCAUGGAUUUCAAGAGUUAAAAUUCACAUCUCAAAACCUAGAGAGAGAGAGAGAGAAAGAAGAGAACGCUAGCACAUUCCCUGUGGCCGAUCCAGUCACGUGCGUGUGGAUACCAGUAGAGCUCGAGAUUGUUUUUUCGGAGUGUCGUACAUCCUUGCUUAAGAUUGCUAUGUAAGUCCCUCUUAUAUCUUGUAAUUUCAUUUAUAGUAAGAACCUCAGAUCCAGUUGUUUACUUUUGGGCAAUAUUUUUUUUUUGUUUAUUCUGCUGAGUUUUUCUACCUGAAACUCAACACGUAGCACACUAGCACUACUAGUAGGGCUGUUAACGAGUCGAGCCCGAACACCCAAAGCUCGAGUUCGGCUCGAUAAAGAAUUUGUUGUGUUUGGGUUCAAGCUCGAAGCUCGACAAGCUUUAGAAAUGAGGCUCGUGUUCGGCUCGAUAGGCGUUCGAUGUUUGAACCGAGCGCUCAAUAAGCUCGAUAAAUAUGCUCAAAUUUAAAAUUUUAGGUGAUGCUCGUUAAUAGGCUCGUGCUCGAAUCAUUCGACAAGUAUUCGGUUCAUUAAUAAUCAUAUUUAAACUCAUAAAAUCAUACUAAUUAUAUUUAAAUUUUGACAUACAAGUAUUCGAUAGGCUUGAGUUCGAACCGAGCUGAAUACUACUAUGUUCGAGCUCGGCUCGAUUAGUUUUUCCAACUUAAAACUUAGGUCGGGUUCGAGUUCGAAAGCUCGUUAAGCUCGACUCGUAGGUUCGAAACUGAGCUCAAACUUGAAUAGUUCGAUAAAUGCUCGUUUCGUCAACAGCCCUAACUACAAGCAUACUUUCACUAAACAAAGUUACAUAGGACUACAAAUGUCAUACAUAAACAUAAACAUAAAGUGUACUACAUACUAAAAAUAUGUAGUAUCUUAAAUUUUAAUUACUCAAAUAGAGCUUAUUGAUAAAGAUGUGACAAAAGUUACUAUAAGCACGGGUAUAUGUCAUCACAAUCAUGGUCGGAAGUAGGGGGGUCAGACGGGCCCUAUCUCACCCUAAAUUUGAAAAUUCUUUGUAUUUUUAGUCAAAAAAUCUAUGUGUAAAAUUUUAUUUGAAAAAGUUCUUUGUACUGGUUCACCCCAACCUUCUAUUCUAGUUACGCCCCUCUUCACAAUCACUUUGUUGUAAAAUUCAAUAUACAACCAGCAAUGGAAUUUCUUAGGGGUGGACAUAAAACUCGAACCGAACCGGUACCGAACCGUCCCGUAAUGGUACCGAACCGAAUAUCGGGUAUUUAGACGGUUCUAUAGAAUUGUAUCUCGUACCAAAACCGUACCGUUUAAAACGGGUACGGGACUGGUCCUAGAUUUUGAGAACCAAAAAAUACCGGACCGAACCGUUCGAAAAUAAUGCAUUUGAAUUUUUUAUAUUUUUUCUAUACCAAUAGAUCUCUUUUAUAGACUAACAAUUUUAUAGCCCAAGUAUGUAUUCAUGUGUUCCUAAGAUAUCUAAAUGUGUGUGUUUAUAUAUGUAUUGUUAUUUUUUCUUUUCAGAUAAUUUAUGUUAUACUUUGUUAUGUAUUGAAAGAAUAUUAAAAUUUUAGAAAUCAUUAAUGAUACUCAUUUCUAGUAAUGUAAUGUCCAUGACUUUUUGUUGUAUCAUGUUUGUACAAUUUUUACAACUUAAUUAAUAUGGUUUAAAUCUUAGCUCUCAAGGUUCAACUAUAAAUUAAAUUAGAACUAGGGAGUAAUAUUUAACCUAGAACGAAGAAGAACGUUGACGAUUUCUAUCAUAUUCAACAAUUUGAUGAUAUUCGUUUUUAUAUUUUCACAUUAACUUAGUAAACUAAAGAUGAUAUUUAUCUCGUGCGUCAUCGUUUUUCUAUACUUUUUCUUAGUUGUGUUGCACUAUUUGUGUAUUUGUGAAUAUUAGUACUAUGUAUGCAAUUUCUUGUAUUUAUAUCAACAUUUCACGCGAGUUGAUUGGUGUGAUGAUAUCUACUAAUUGCAAGUUUUGUUCAAAUUUUUAGCAUGCGUUUGACAUUGUACCGUACCAUUUUGUACCGUUCCGAAACGACAUGGUACCGAACGGUUCUAUCCUUGGAACCGGACCGUACCGGAUUAUUAAAAACCUCACGGAUACAUUACUACGGGUUUUAUCAAUUUACCGGACCGUUCCGAAUCGCGCCCACUCCUAGAAUUUCAAUUUCAAUUUCUGUUAUUUUUUUUAUUCAGAAUUACACUGCUCCUUAAUUUUAGUGAAAUCGUGGAACGCCUGUUUCGAAAAUGGAAUCGCCCUGGCGAAGAAAUCGAAUCGCCGGCGUCUAUUAAUUUCUGGAAUAAUAUAAAAUUCAUACUCCUCCUCUGCUCUGCUACGUGUAUUGGUACUGCCAUCAAUGGAUUUCUGGAGAAUCAAGAAACUGAGUCAAAUGGUCAACGGCCACGAUGAGGAGGCCAGGCUCCUCCGCCGUUUUGCCCCCAUUCAGGCCCUGCAGAUAAGGUCCGUCUUCUGUCCUACCGGCCUCCUCUACCGGGAAGUCCUUGUCUACUCACCAACGGCGCCUUUUACUGACCCGCCGUCGUGGAUCACCUUGAGAGAGGCGGAGGACCGCCUCCGCGUAUUACUGAGGCAUGAAGAAGCCGACCGCCUCUGCAGCCGAGCGGUGACCCGGUUGGGUCGGAAGAUUACCACUGCCGAUCUCUCCAAACUCCCCGUCGAGGAAAUGCGCGUCUUGCGGUUGUCUAACGCCAAAUACAAGUCUAUCCCCGAUGACCAGCACAUUGUCGCCGCCGCCUCCGGCGUUGAAAAAACCGGCAACCGUCCUGGCAGGUCGACUUCAUUUCUUGCGAUGGGCAAGGAGUGGUGGAUCGGGUAAUGCGGGAGUAGAGAUAAUAGGAAGGGAAAUUUUCGGAAAUUGGAGAUUUUUUGGGUUCUUCUAUGGUACCAAGAUAAAUUAGAAGGUUUCGGUACCCAUAUUUUUUUAAACCAAUCGGAAUACAAGAAAUUGUCACCUCACAUUUGUAUUUGCAAUUUAAUGCCUCCCGAAUUCCUAGUUAUGGGAUGAGAAAGAAAGUUAAACAUUCAUGCUUGCACAUACAUCUUGUUUUAAGUGGAAAAUAGAAAAUAGUUGAUUGACAUCUGUCAUCAACCUUAAUUACAGGAAAUCAUCUACUUCUUAUAUACUACGGGUCCUUUAACAAACAGUGCCAUCUUCCUUGAAAUCAUCUUGCUGGUUCGUUGAAAUCCUUCUGGCAAUUAAAAUCCCUAAAACAUGAAUUGAGGCUUGAUUCGUUUCUUAAAUCCUUGAAAGGACCAAUAUAAAUCUUUGGAUUUUUAGCAUCAAAUCAAAUCCCGACGGAAACCCUUGUGCUACUGAUGUCCAAUGAAACCCGACGCAAUACCCUGUGCCCCCCAAAGACGACGCGCCUGAAAGCUCAUUCGAUAGUUGUUGGCCUAAAAUCGUUUAGCCCUGAGCCCCAUUCCUUUGGCCUAGAGUUUGUCUAUAAUGGGCGGCGUGUAGGAUUUCUGGGGCGGUGGCUUGGUGCGACGACUUGAAUGGUGGAAAUGGUGGCUUGGUCGUGGUUGGGCGGAUUGGGGACCGGAGGUGGCUGGGGACAGGUCAGGGGGUGGGGUGGGAUAGGGGCUGUGUUUGUGGUGCUAAGGCGUGGGGAUGGGUGGGGCAGUGGUAGAUGGCAGUGGCGAUGGAGAAAAAGUCGUUGAAGAUUGCUUGUCACCGUGGAGAUGUCACUCCGGCGGUGUUACUGUGGCCGGCGACGGUAGUGACAGGAGCGAUGACGACGAUAGUGACAUGGCGAUGGCGGGAGUGACAUCGAAAAGUGACAUGAAAAUGAUACACUGAUAUGAAUAUUUGGAUGUCACUUUGUUUUAGUUACAUUUUUGUCUAAAUGUAAUUGUGGUCACAUUUUUGAUAAUUAGCUUUGGUUUAGUAAUAUUUAGGGAAUAACCCCUAAUCAGAUUCAUAUCUUGAUAUCGGAUUAUUUUAGCAAAUAAUCUCAUUAAAUAAUUUAUGUCACUCAACGAUAAUUUUCUAAAAACUGUCAUGUCACUAACUUAAUCUCUUAAUAAUUGUUAAGACUCGAGGUUCCAUCCUAAAAGAUCAACUUGAUAGGAGGAGUAGUCAAAGCUUCAUAUAGUGUUUAAUUGUUUUAUAACUUUCCGGUGUGGGACAAAUGUUUUGACAAUAAUCCUAGCAAUGAAGAUGCCCUUGUACUCAAAUUUCAACCACAAGUUUACAUUUUUCAUCCACUUUAUUAGUAAUCGUGACAAAAGAAAAUGAGACGCAUAAAAUAUGACGGAGGUAGUAUUGUUUUUGUUUUUAUCAUAACAAAUAUUGAGUACUUCUAAAAUUCAUGCGUUAGAGCAAUAAAAAAAAUCACGUGUUAGGCAAUUAAUUUUUUAUUUUAAAAAAUAUAAAACAAGCUUUUCGAAAUUGGAAUAAAGUAUUUGCUGAAUUUUGAUUGAGUUAGUUUCUCCUUAAAUCUCAUGUAAAUUGCGUAUGCAGUUUUCCUUUUUAUGAGCGGUGCAACUGCAUUUUUAAAAAAAUCUGAUUGGUGUAUAAACUGAGGUAUCUAAACCUUCGAAAUUUUGGAAUGCACGGUAGAAUUUUCCAGAUUUUUUUUGUGAUGUUUCAAACAAAUUCGAGAUUUUUUUGUCAGAAGUUUUGUAGCUAGUGCCAAAAUAUUUUUACUUUAAAUAAAAAUGGCUGUCUUAUUGUAGAAUUCAUGCGUAUGUAAGACAAUUUAUACGGAGUAUAAGCUAUGUUUGCAAAUACUUCCUCCGUCCCAUUUUACUUGGUCAAUAUUGACUUUUCAAAUCAAUAGAGUCUAACUUUGACUGAUUAUAUGUUUGUAUAGAGAAAAUAUUAAUAAUAUGAAAAUGUUCUUUGUUAAAAAUACUAUCAUAAAAGUAUAAAAUUAUUAAAUUUUGCAUAAAUAUAUUAGUUUGAAUAAUUGGUCAAAGUUUAUCAUCUUUGACUGGAAAAGUCAAAGAUGACUAAGUAAAUUGGAAAAAGCUAAAAAGGUGUUUGGAAGGAUAAAAUUCUACUUCAUUUUAAGUGCUUUAAGCUAAAAGCUCAAAGCACCUCCAAAGAUGCUUUUAUACGUGCACAGGUAGCUCAGUUGUUUCAGUGCUGGAAAAUUUGGAACAUUUACCAAUGUUCAAAAACCUGCAGUGGUUGUGUGGAGGUUACAACUCCUGCUUGCUGGGCUGGAUGUCCGGUGCGCACAUGUAUAAGACCUAUCAUCAUUGGAUUGACUGAGUUACCGUGACUAACAUCCUCCCUAAAAUCCUGUCAGAUCGGAUGUGGUGGAGCCCUUGGGAUUGGGGAUUUAACCCUUUUUAGAACAUUUAAAUGCAUAAAUGGCCCUUGAACUAUCAUCAGCAUAUCAUUUUGGUCCUCGAACUAUUAAAUCUAUCAUUUUAGUUUUUAGUCUAUUUUAUCUAUAUUAAUCGACUUCUUCCGUUAAAUUUGCCUUUAACUUUGAUUGAAGCUAAUUAAUUAUUAACAUCUCAUAAUUUUAAACAUUUUGGAACAAUACAAUCAUUCUUAAAAUUUUAGUAGUUUUAUCUAGUUUUUUUAAAUAUACAUAUAUGUACACAUACACAUAUAAAAAUUAUAAAUAAAUAAUAUAAAAUCAAAUUUACGGCCUAAAUAACACGUAUUAUAUAAUAGAAAAUCA